AACGGAGACUCCAGGAUGGACAGAGGGAACUCCCUGCCCAGCAUGUUGGAACACAAGGUUUAUCCGUAUGAGAUGCUGGUGGUGACACACAGAGGACGCAGCAAACUUCCUCCUGGAGUGGACCGAACCAGACUGGAGAGACACCUCUCUCAGGAGGAGUUCUUCAGCAUUUUCGGGAUGACCAUCGAGGACUUUGACCAUCUGUCCCUCUGGAAGAGGAACCAGCUGAAGAAGAAGUUCUGUCUGUUCUGACGUCUCCGGGACCACCUGUCCCAGAACGCCCCGCUCUUCCCGGGCCGAGCGGCGGGAAGCGGCACAGACUGUCACCUCCAGGCGUCUCCAGCACCGUGGACUCUCGGGGUUUGGGUUGUUGUUUGUUGCGGAGGGAGGCCGGAGUGGUUUUAGAGUUCUGCUGCACACGUUCCUGUCACCGGUUUGACCUUUUAGAGCUGCAGGACAGCAGCUGUAGUCACGAGCCACAAAAAUAACGAGCCAGCACCAAAAACUAAAAUAAAAUAAAAUAAAAUAAAAAAGUGAGUUCACAGAGAGAGGAGCUGCAGAGUGAGUUCUGGUGGCGAGUUUAAAAAACCGAAUUUGUGGGUUCAGGUGGGACCGGAAGAGACCCGCUCCAUCCUGAAACCUGUCCCUCUGACUCACUGUCAGCUUUCAGGCAGAGCUAACUCUUCUCUGGAACGGAGGGUUCCUAUUGGCUUAGCCAGCUAUGAUGUCAUCGACACACCGUUUCUUUCCCGGAGAGAAAAAACACGACUGUUUGAUCGCAGCCAAACCUGAUGCUGCGAUCAAACUGCAAUCUUUGUUUUUUCUUUAAUUUAGCAGAAGUCACUGCCACACACACACACACACACACACACACACACACCUUCUGAGCGAAGACGAGCAGAGACAAACAGCCGAAGCAGCAGGUUGGAGACGAUCGGCUUCGGUUCGUGUUGCUUAGUGACCAAAUGAUGUGCAGCUAUUUUCUGACCUCUCUACAGCAGAGUGGCAUGUUUGUUUGUUUUUAAACCUUAAUAAAAAUGUAAAAAUAAAAUCAUCCAUGAAUGUUAAAAACAGCAGACUGACAGAAAGUCACGGAUAUUUUUCACUGAAAUAAACAGAUUCAACCCUUCUGCACUCAUCAUUAAAAUAAAUCGUUAAAAUGUUGGAGAUUAAACCUUAAAAACAUUAAAUAUUCAUCUGAUUUAAACACGUUUAACUCUGAGAAGAACUGCAGCUCUGAGUUCUGUGUGAAGCAGCUUCAUUCAGCUCUGCUUCCUCACUUCCUGUCAUGUU